UUCUCCUCGAUUAAAGAUUUGAAAUACAGUUAUAUAAUAAAAAAAGUUGGAGUUUUUACGAUAAACUGUUUAUCCUCUAAUUAAUUCAAUGUGUCAUUUAAAAUUAUUGUGCAAAUAAAACUUUAAAAUUUAAAUUAGCAAUAUAAAGUCUCCGUUGAAAUCCAUAACAAUACUAAUAGAUUGAGGUAAAGAAAAAUUAUACCUGUGUAAACAUCAACUUUAGAUCUGUUUAAGUAUCUAUCUCUCAAAUUAAAAGGAAUAAUUUCGCAAAGCCCACGAUUUUAAUAUCUUGAAUUAAAUCUUCUAUGAAAAAAGAGCGAUCGGGGGUAGACACCCUUUCCGGUGGUUGCCAGGAAAUAUCGAUCUGGCCGGAGGGAUGGAUGCUGCUGUUCUCAAUGAUGGAUUCGAUUAAAGUCAGCAUUCUUUUCCUACAUUCAUGGUUUUACAUCCAUGGAAAUAUGACUGACGUUCUGUCAAGCGUAAUAAGCGAGUUAAACUACUUAACUUCAUUAUCUCUUGCCAUUGCGACGCCAAAAUGCAGGAGAUAUGCUAAUGCGCCAACUAUUAAGAGCGACGGCAUACAUUUAUGUGAAACCCCUGAAAUAGAUACUGUAUUUUUCGUCAAUAAUGCACCUUGUCGUGGCCCUUGACAUAUAAUCAGUAACGUAACGUGCGGGGGUGGGUAUCGUGCCGAGUGACGAGCAGCGAAAUACAAAAAGCUCUCGCCUAAGGGG